CAGUAGCGAGGCAGGAGAUGUAUUCGCAAUAGCAGUGUCUCCAGAUCAAUUGAUGGUCGUAGGUAGCUGUGUAGAUGGCAGAGUACGGCUGUGGAACAUAAAGGAGGGGAGUGUGGUAGGUGACCCGUGGGAGGGGAAUAAUGAUGUAGUGCAGUGCUUCGAUUGGUCACCAAAUGGGGUGGAGGUAGCAGGUGGAUUCAACGACGGCACUAUACGACGAUGGAACGCGACAACUGGCCGACAAAUUGGACACCCGAUAAAGGGAAGCAAUGAAUGGGUGUGGAGAAUCAAAUACUCUCCACAAGGUGACAAAUUCGCGAGUGGCAGGUGAAGACGAUAUGAUCCGUGUUUGGUCAAAGGACGGCGAGUUGCUCAUCGAGUUCGAGGGACAUGACAGCUGGGUGAUGUCAUUAUGUUGGUCCAAGGAUGGCGCAUACAUCUUCUCUGCCUCAUUGGAUAACACCGUCCGAAAAUGGCAAUCGAUUGACGGGAAAGAACUUGUCGUUAUUCGAGGUCAUACCAAACCCGUUGAAUCCCUUUGUUUGUCUCCCGAUGGAUGUCAUCUUCUCAGCGCAUCAGAUGACUACUCGGUCGCAUCUGGGAUCUCGAAACCAAUCAGCAAGUUGGAGACCCACUCUGGCACAACGGCGAAGUCUUGGCCAUCGCCAUGUCCUCCGAUGGCCAAUACUUUGCCAGUGCUAUCCCUGGACUGGAUGCAAAAAUCUAUGUGUGGAGCCUGGAAGCAGCACUCAAGCAUGCUCGCGGGGUUGGGGGCGAUGCAGAGUCCAACGCGAAGCUCAAGGGACAUGCAGCUCGAUCCAGAGAUAUAUCUCUUGCGCCUAGACAGCAAAGCAACAACAGAGGCUUGGCAAGAUAUCAGACACAUCAUCUCCGCCUCGUCUGCGCAACUUCUUCAGCUUCCUGCGCUCCAGCACUCGACCUACAAAUGCAAUCCAGCUCCAGCCCCGACGAAUGAAUUUCAGCUUACCUCAUGUGAGAAUCUCCAGGCGCCCCGUCGAUGUUGCUCCUUGCCGUGAGGAAGACGUGAGUCGCUUGUCAUC